AUGUAUGAGCCAAUGUGGUACAAAACCAUAGAGGAGUACGUGCUAAGCCCCACUUUGUUGCCCAACCUCCUACUCGCGACGAGGACUGCGCUAUUUCCCGCCAACACUCGUCCAUCAUCUCAGAUAGCGGCCGUCAAUCCUGGAGGCGACAACAGUGGCGAUCAAACUGCAAGCCGUCUAGCCUCACUUUCCUCCAUCGCAGCCGAUGCCCCAUCCAAUGUGCCGAUCAAACGGGAACAGGGAAUCCAUCCAUCCAAAACGGCGAUCGCCUCUAUCAAGCGGGAAUGCGCAACCCGUAUUCUCGGUAUCAUGCCGCGCACCGCAGCACGAGCCUUCCUAGGUGUCCCCUCGUCGGAACCUCCGCCAAGCUACAGUGGUGAUCGUACCUGCAGCAACACCAACACUUCACGCUCCCUCGCCAUUUCGCCCCCAGCGCCCUUUGUCGCUAGCGGGGAUCUGAUGGCGCCUCAAGGGAAUGAUCCCCCGUUAUCAUCGCACUUGUCGGCGCCGACUCCUCCCGUUGCGGAGGGUGGCCACAUUGCCGCUGAGCGGCUGCACACAGACAAACAACCCGGAGUCGAUCUCGAGGAGCUGUAUCUCCUGGAAACAAUCGAGAAGGAUUUCCUGGAUGUAUUUGCGGAUAGUUACUGCAACAAACAUCUCAUCUACUCUAUCAUCGAGAUGGUGCUGGCCAAGGUACUCCCUGAAAUGACGGAGCGCAGCGUCCAAGACUUGAUGGAGGAUCGUGGGGUGGCGUCAGCGCCCCCUGCCUUCUAG